GAGAGAGAGAGAGCGGAAGAGACAGAGUGAGAGAACAGAGAGAGUGGUAGCUGUGAACCUCUCGAUAGACAGGGAUAUAGAGGCGGUGCGAGAGAGAGAGCGGGAGAGACAGACUAACAGAAAGGAGAGAGUGGUAGCUGUGAAUCUCUCGAUAGACAGAGAGGUAUAAGGCAGUGCGAGAGAGACAGAGUGAGAGACAGGAGAGAGUGGUAGCUGUGAAGCUCUCGAUAGACAGGGAUAUAGAGGCGGUGCGAGAGAGAGAGCGACGGUGAGUGAGCGAGGCGCGCGCGUGUGUGUGUGCGAGCGAGGGUGAACAACAUGGACACGGAUUAUAUUCUGCAGAUUUUCUGGCAUGAGAAAUUCUGGUUACCUGUCGGUACAUCGUGGACGGAUCUGGAAAGCCACGAGAAGAAUGUGUAUUACCCGAGGGCAGCGGACAUGUCUCUGGCAGUGCUGGUCGCCGUCGUCUUUCUGGCUUUCCGAUACUGUUACGAGAGUUUAAUCAUUGUCCCUAUAGGCCGGUACCUGGGGAUUCGAGAACAUCAGAGAAAAGUUUCACACAAUCCAGUCUUAGAACAAGUUUAUAGAAAAAAUAAAGCCAGUAUUGAUGAUACGCAAAUGAAGCAUCUCAUCAAAGAAACAUCUAUGAACAGUCAACAUAUAAAAAAAUGGAUGAGGAUGCGGAGACUACAAGAUGCACCAAGUACAAUGUUAAAGUUUCGAGAAUGCAGUUGGCAUCUUUUGUUUUAUACUUCAGCAUGCAUAUAUGGUAUCAUUAUUUUAUGGGAUAAACAUUGGGUGUGGCACACUGAAGACUGUUGGAGAGGAUGGCCCAAUCAUAAUGUUGGCACAGAUCUCUACUACUAUUAUCUUUUUGAAUUGGCCUUCUAUGGCAGCCUCAUCUUGAGUCUACUCAUGGAUAUCAAAAGAAAAGACUUAAAAGUGAUGAUCAUCCACCAUGUUGCGACCAUCAUUCUUCUCUCUAUGUCAUGGUUUUUGAAUUUUGUCCGCAUCGGAUCCCUCACGCUCAUUGUUCAUGACAUAGUCGAUCCAUCCUUGGUGGCUGCAAAAAUGGCAAAAUACUCUAAAAAACAGACUCUCUGUGAGAUUGUCUUUGGGGUAUUUGCAGCUCUGUGGAUGAUAUCCAGGCUGGGAAUUUAUCCAUUUUGGGUUCUCCGCUCGGUAUAUUUCGAAAUACAUGAUCACGUCGCCUCGUUUCCGUCAUUCAUAGUCUUUGCAAGUCUGUUGUUUAUAUUACAAAUACUUCACAUCGUUUGGACGUACAUGAUUAUUAGGAUAGCCUUCCAGAAAUAUACACAUGGGCAGAUCAACCAAGAUGUGCGCAGCGACACCGAAGAGGAAGACGAUGACGACGACUUUAUUGACGAGACGACGGUGCCUCCCGUCACCAACCAUGUAACAUCCAACAACACACCAAAGGCAAAGAGGCGCCUCGUAGACGGCCAUAACUCUAUCAAUCAAUCUUAAAGAAACACAUUUUAUUUAUAUAUAUAUAUAUAUAUAUAUAUAAGCACACAUACAUACUUACACACAUAUAUAAAUAACAAAUUUUUCCUUAAAGAAAGAAAUGAAAUGCCCCCACCCCCCUUAUUUUUUAUUUCUUUACAUUUUUGGGUUUUUUUCCGUGUGACUGUUCUAUUUUGUUUCUCCUCAUUUUGUUUAUCUUAAAUUUAUUUUUUAAUUUAUUACUGAAAUUAUUGUCAUUGUGGUACCUUUUUUUUUGCUAAGUUUUUCCCCUUUUUUUUUUUUAAGAAAAAAAAACGAACCACAGACUUGUCGACCCUUCUUUUGCCCGUCCCCCCCUGCAGCCCAUUCUUCCACCCACCCAAUCCCCCUGUUCUCUCUUCCCAGUUGUUGCAGCAUCUCUUCUAUAAAUAUACGUUCACAGGUACAGCAUAACCAUCACUACUUCCAGUUCUCUUGUAUGGGAUGCCCCCACAUCAUCCUCAAGCAGACACACCUCACUUCUUGCCCUCCACCCCCCAAUAUCUCAAAAGCUUUCUUUCUAUUAUUAAAAAACAAUCAAAGCAACGUUUUUAUAUUCCCAGUAAAUCUUAUCCUUUGACCGACCUGCUGCACAGAGCGACCUGCUGCACAGAGCGACCUGCUGCACAGAGCGACCUACUGCAUAGAGCAACCUGGUACACAGAGCGACUUGGUGCACAGAGCGACCUGCUGCACAGAGCGACCUGCUGCACAGAGCGACCUGCUGCACAGAGCGACCUGCUGCACAGAGCGACUUGCUGCACAGAGCGACCUGGUGCAUCUGUGGUUGACCUAAUGUUUAUUGCAUCUGGUGCAUCUGGUGGCCAGAUGCACUGGCUGUAAAAAAUCUUGAACCAAAUUCAACGAUUAUUUUUUUCUUUAACAUAUCUAUCAUUCCUGAGAAAGCCAUGACUGCCACAACUUCUUGUUCCUCUUUUGUCAUAUCUUAAUGAUAAAUCCUCUGACCUCUCAAUAAGUAAUAAUUAAUAAUAUUAGAUUGCAAGGUGACGAGCUAGCAGAACAAUUAAGGAAAAUGCUUAACAGCAAUUCCUCCGUUUUUGUGUUCUGGGUUCAAAUGCUGCUGGGUUU